UAAUUUAUAUUUACUUGAGUUAUAAUUUUUUUUUUAACAAACGCUCCUGGCAAUGCCGACAAGAACUUUUUCGUUUCAAUUUUCAAUGCAACCAUGCUAAUCGACGACAAGUGCAAUAGAAGAUAAGAAAAAGGGGUGUAGGAGUUGUGAUUUUGAGCAAUUUUAGGCAUUCUGCCUUUGAAUAAUAAUUUUUUGCUUUUUGUCACUGCAUGAGUGAUUAGGUUCUUACUUAAAUAUAUUUAUUAAUACAUGUUAUCAGUUUCCAUGUGCUUCCAAAUUAGUGUGUUCGAGACAUAUUGACCUCGAAUGAACCGAAGUUGAGCGACCUCCCAAGAACAUCAAUGUAGCGGAAAGCAACAUAAAAGAACACAAUUAAACCAGUGGAAAUAAUCAGUCGUAGUCACACAAUAGAAGAUAGAACUAAGGUCGUACAAAUAAGAGCAUCUGAAGUGUUUGCAUUGGUAUAUGUAUCACGUCCGAUAUGGGCGCAAAUGGUUUCAAAACCGAAGAUAACAAAGCAGCAGUUACAAUUGUGCAUCACGUUACUGGAAGCGGCAAUGGUACUAGUAGUGGCAGUGUAGCGAAUAACACGACUGCGGCCAAUAUGAGCAUUGAAACGUGUCUGGUAUGUGGAGAUCGCGCAUCAGGUCGCCACUAUGGAGCUAUAUCAUGUGAAGGUUGCAAGGGCUUCUUCAAGCGUUCCAUACGCAAGCAGUUGGGUUAUCAAUGCCGAGGCUCGAUGAACUGUGAAGUAACCAAACAUCAUCGCAAUCGCUGUCAAUUUUGUCGUCUACAAAAAUGUUUAGCCAGCGGAAUGCGAAGUGAUUCUGUUCAACAUGAACGAAAACCGAUUGUUGAUAAGAAGGAGUUUGCCGGCAGCUCUUCUUCGGGCUCUUCUACUUCAACAGUUAAUGCUGCGGCAGCUGCAGCUGCUUUGAAUGCCAACAAUUCUGCUACCGGUGGAGGAAAUAUGCUAUUUAGUCAUAACUUAGCAAACAGCGGUGUACCCGCCAAUAACAAUGAAGUACCAUCGACCUCGAAGCCUUCUUCCAUAUUUCCAUUUAAUUUGGCAUUGCCUGAAAUGAGACAAGCAAUGGCAAACAAUGCUGAUGUAGCCGUUCCACCUUUACCAUUUCACCUUACUUUUGCUGAUAUGAGACAAAUAAUACAAAAUGCGAAAAACUUUCAACAAGAAAAAGAACUUUCUGCGCAAACUCAACCACCACAGUCGCUCUUCUAUUCACCGGAUUUGGCAAAGAUCGGCGAUGAAGAUGAAGAUGAUGACGAAUCUUUGGACAAUAGCAGCACCACGUGCCUACAAAACCUAACCACAAACGCCAAUAAUAAUAACACCCAAAAUUUGAACCUUAACAUUGACCCAAUGCACAGCCCUGCCACAGCGGUCGCACAAAUACAGGUGUCAUUGGACAGACGUGUUAUUGAAAAAGCAUUACAAUUGCUGAUUCCCAUUCAAAAUCAAUUGGACCGUUUGUCCUUGGCCGCAGGCGGUGCAAGCAUAAGUGGCAACACCGAUGGAUCGCCAAUCAUCAAAAGCGAAAUAGAAGACGAAGACAUGGGCGAAGACAGCGGCGCCGAGGAUGUAUACGAUUUGGCUGAAGCGAUACUUGGAGUUGGGAAUAUAAAGAAUUUCGUUAUAAACGAGUCUGUCUUCGAGAAUGAAGUGUUGUCGGACGCUCAAGCCACUUUUAACCUUCAAGCUCCCACUUUGGUGUCAGCUUAUCUCAAUCUUCAUUACAUUUGUGAAACUGGUUCACGCAUAAUUUUCCUUAGCAUCUUUUGGAUGCGUAAAAUAAUGGCUUUCGAUCAACUGGACAUACGCUCUCAAAUUAAAUUGCUGCGAGCCAGCUGGCCCGGCUUGUUGGCAAUAGCAUUAGCACAAGUACGUAGCCUGUCGGUUAGCACAAUUAUUACCACGCUGGUGGCAAAUGUACGACAACUGGCAGAGAUUGAAAAAAUCGAACCGCAAAAGAUACGAAAGCUGAGUGAGCACAUUUCUCGUCUGCAUUCGUAUAUUCAAGAUACGCUCGCAUUGGAUUUGGAUGACAUGGAAUUCGCACUGCUGCGCCUCGCUAUUUUCUUUAACCCGCACAUGCUACCGAGAAAUCGAGAACGCAAUGUAAGAGACUUUGUGCGACGCGUACAACUUUAUGUACUGUCAAGCUUAAGUAAACAUAUCGCAAGUCAAUUAGGUAAUGAAAUGCAAGCGGAGGAACGUUUUAGUACGCUGGUUCUCACUCUAUUACCAUUAGCGGCCUUAGAAUCGGAUGUUGUGGAAGAAUUAUUUUUUUCUAGCUUAAUUGGACAAGUGCAGAUUGACAAUAUGAUACCUUAUAUUUUAACACUGAGCGCCAACACAAGCCUAUAAUAAGUCAUUCAUUGAGCGGCUUUAAGCGCCAAAUGGCAAGAAUUUUCCACGAAAUGAAAGUAAGUUUAUGUCGGUUAACACUUUGUCCACGGAAGUAAUACCUCUAACUCUAGACUGUGUCACCUUUGCUGUGCUCUCAGAGCAAGCACUCGACUGCAUCCACCCGGGGAUCACCCACCGCGCUCCUUCAAUUCAAUAUCGUAGUCUCAUUGAAAUCGCAUAACAGCGACUUGGAUGGCUAGUACUUAAGCAUUCGAAGACCAACUCCACUUGGCUUCGCUUUCUUCCCCAAACUAGGGUAACCGACUUAAAUACGUGUUCUGGGAAGCUAAAUAAAUUACAACA